AUGCCUCCAGAGAAAGGCGGAAGAGUCGUCUUCAUCGGCAACAUCCCCUAUGGUGUGAGCGAGGAGCUCAUCACCGAAACCCUCAGUCGCGUUGGCCAGGUCCUCAACUUUCGCCUCGUCUACGACAAAGACUCCGGCCGACCCAAGGGCUUUGGCUUCGCUGAGUUUUCCGACGCCGAAGAUGCCGCCUCCGCUGUGCGAAACCUCAACGACUACGAGCUCAUGGGCCGCAAGCUGAGGGUUGACUACUCCAACGACAAUGGCGCUGGCGACAGCGCCCCAGCCAACUACAAUCCGCCCCAGGUCGCAUCCAACGGCCAGGAUGCCCCGGCCUCUAACACGAUCCCCCCACUGCCACCGGGUGUCGAUGUGCCGCCAAACCUUACUUGCCCCGACGCCAUCUCCAAGACGCUUCAGACCCUCCCGCCUCCACAAUUGCUGGAUAUACUCUCGCAGAUGAAGGGACUGGUCACCACCGACCCGGCCAAGGCGACUGAACUGCUGAGACAGGCACCGCAGCUGUCUUUUGCCAUUUUUCAGGCUCUGCUUCUUCUUGGAUUGAUCGACCAGUCCCUCCUCACCUCGGUCGUGGACACGGCAACAAUUCCGCAAGCAGAACCCCAACCACAGCCUGCUGCUACGCCCAUGCCGCCCCAGGCCUUCCCCGGAUACCCACCUCAACAAGCGAGCCGUGGUGUGAUGAACGUCCCCACGCCUCCCGUCGGCAAUCCUUAUCAACAACCCCCGAUGCCGAUGCAGCAGCAGCCUGCGCAACCGCAGGUGCCCCUGGAUCAACAGGCAUUGAUUCGGCAGGUCAUGGCCAUGACGCCGGAGACAAUCGCAUCUUUGCCACCAAACGACCGCGCACAGAUAGAGGCGCUGCGGGCGCGUAUCAUGUCGACGGGAUCGCCCUUCUAG